ACCGCCGUCUGCCACUGCGCGGCGCGCUGCGGGAGCCCAUCCGGCUGUCUCCGAGUCUAUCGAUUGCCAAUCAAUCUUUCGAGUGUCGUAAUCAGCCAGGCCGGGACUGUGGGGGGGCAAACAAUCUGGAGCCCAUCAUCGACAUUGCGACAACUUUUGGGCCUCACCCACCGUGACCCUCCACCGAUCUCAAAGCGCAGAACAACGACACACCCAACCCUCAUCACUCCUCAUCCUUGACGCCGCCAACAGAGCACUAGCCACACGCCAGAAACACACAACACACGAUGGGUUGGUUUUGGGCAGACUCGACCACGGCCACCACGCCCUCUGCGUCGCCUCACGGCGGCAAGAACAUGGCUGGCCUCACUCCUCCGCCCGGCUGUCCCAUGCACAAGCAUCAGAAGAGCGCCGACGCGCUGACUGCUGCUCCCGCCGCCUGCCCUGUCAAGCACAGCAACACGGCCGAGCCCAUCUCUGCAUGUCCCGUCCCUCACGAGUCAAGGAAGGCUGCUGCUACCGCAUCCGACACCCAGUCAGAGUCCAUGCUAUCGAAGCUGAACCCGCUCAACUACAUGUUCAAGGAGAUCUCCCAGGCCCCCGCCCCCGACCAGACUCACACCCUGCCCACCGAGCGCGAGCCCUCCACGAUUCCUCGGGGCGACGGCACAGGAAACUGGGAAUACCCUUCGCCUCAGCAGAUGUACAACGCUCUGCUCCGCAAAGGCUAUACCGAUACCGACAUCACGGCCGUCGAGAGCAUGGUUGGCGUGCACAACUUUCUGAACGAGGGUGCGUGGGCCGAGAUCAUGGAGCACGAGAAGCGCUUUGCCGGUGGCAUCUGGCAAGGCGUAAAGCUCUGCAGCCACGGAGAACAGGGACUCGAGACAGCUGCCAAGCAGUAUGGCGUGGAGAAGCAGCUUGAGGAUCUGCAGCCAAGCCUGAUGCGCUUCCAGGGAAGACCAAAGGAUAUGACGCCCAAGGCCACAAUGAUGCAGGUCAUGGGAUGGAUCUACCCAAGUGCUUUCGGCACCGAGCCACCCUUCGAUCGUCACGACUGGUUCGUUUCUCGCACAGUCAACGGAAAGGAAACAGAGGUCCGCUAUGUGAUCGAUUACUACGAAGGCCCCCCAGAGCCAACCGGCGAGCCUGUCUUCUACCUCGACGUGCGCCCCGCGGCAACCCUGUCUGGUGCAACGGAGCGCCUGGUUCGAUGGGGCACCGACGUAUGGUGGAGAGCCUCUGGGGGUGAUGCCCGCGAGGCUGCGCGCAACUCGCCAAUCCUCUCUACCGCAGCGGCUGCAGCUGCGUCAAAGUGAGCGGGCACGCGUUGGUAUAUGGCAUCUCUUGUACGAUUGGAAGUCUUCUGACAACUCUCUUUUGGCCGCAUUUGCUCGGAGUUUUCUGUAUUGGGGUUUACAGCUUGGCGAUGAGUCGGGUGGCGACUUUUACGCGCAGCUUGGGGUUUAUUCAGUCUUCAACCCUGCUUCUUCCGACUACGUUCUGAUGUGCUUUCUCGCAAUUUUACCAAUGGAACUGUACAAUAUCAUUAUGAACAACCGAAAUUCUCCAUCAUUCUUCUCAUGGCCGGCUUGGACUUGAUUCAUACAUAAACAACUG